UUGAAUGUAUUAUCAAUGAUUUCUCAGUAACAGAAGAAAAACGAAGUUGAUCUUAUUUACGCCACAAAAUGUACUUACUUGCGAAGACAGUAAAUUUCAUGUCAGUAGAAUAAUCCGCAACAUUAUUGCCAAGACUUCGAAACGAACUCGAACUAUAUGAGUAGCUAUAUAGUGUUUUAUCUUGGUUAUUGAGAAUCAGUUGCAUUUUUAUACUAUCGUAUUACCGCGACAGGUAAAAAUAGUUAUUCUAAUUUGUAUUUCAAAAGAAAAAAUUUUCAGUAGUCAUAAAGAUAAUAUUGUGACACAAUUGUGACAAGAACGUCUGAGUUAAAUAAAAAUGAAGAAAAGACAUAUCGACGAUGUUCAAACACCGACAGUAGAAGAACAUUUUAAAUUACUAUUGGAGGAUAAUAACUUAAUCGAACCAAAUAUUGCGAACGUUACUCCCAAAGAUCUUCCAAGUUGGUAUAACGAAGAAUUAUUUAAAGAAGCUCAAAACUUUUAUAAGCGAAACCUCAUAUCAAUGGUAUUAAGUAGCUUUGCCGGACUUCUUGCAAUAAUAGUAGUCCCAGAAACGUUAAAGGUGCUGAAAUAUACACAAAAAAGUAGUAUACCUUGCCUGACUUUCAGCAGAUAUACUCAGACACUUUUACAUAUUUACAAGCUGUAUACGUGUGAUCCAAAUGACCCAAAUUCAGACAUGUAUAAGACAAUAAACGUAAUUCACCGAAAACACAAGUCGAGCAGUAAGAGAUCAGUGAAAGCUGGUGUUGGAGGGAUUUAUCAACGUGAUAUGGCAAUUACACAAUUCGCUUUUAUAGGAUAUAUGUUAAAUUCUCCGAGGUCUAUCGGCUUGAACAUUACACCUCAAGAAAAAGAAGCUUUUAAUCAUUUCUGGCGAGUGAUAGGUCAUAUGCUGGGAAUUCCCGAUCGACUAAAUCUAUGUCGCAAAACUGUAGCAGAAACUCGCAAAUUGUGUCUAAAGGUAAAUGGUAUUUUAAAGGAUCAUUUAAAUAAUGCUCCAUCCGAAUUCCAUCAUAUUGCAUUAGCUAUAUUAGAUGGAUUGUGGUAUGUUGACGUAACUUUAGAUAAACAUGCUUUUCUAAAAUUUACCUACGAACUGCAUGGUAUAGAAUAUAACCAACCGCUUGGAUGGUAUAGUCGAUUAAAUGCAAAAUACCGUGAUUUCAUGUUCUAUCUUUUCGUUAUACCUUAUGUCGGAGCAAUAGUAAAAACUUACUACAAGUACGUGUUUCUGUUUACAUUGUGGCUUGCGGAGAAAUGGCCCAUAUUAGCGUGGUUGUCAAUCGGAAGAAAUAAUUCUCAGAUCGUACUAUAUUAAAAAUACAAUCGUAUAUGUAUAAUCGUACUUAUUCUUCUUUUUCUUCCAACAUAAAUAGUUAUUUAUUUAUAUAAAUAGUGUAUUCAAUUAAUAACGAGAAAAUUAGCGAGCAAAAAAGUGAAAGAAGCAAUAACUUGACAUGCCCAAGUCGCAAUGAUUCAUCAAUAUUUUACACUUUACGGUAUAAAAAUUAUUUGUAGAUAUUAAUGAAAAAAUUUAUAUACAAAACUUACAAGAAAUAUAUUUAUAGGAAUACAAUCAAUGCGAUUUGGAUAAGUCAAGUUUUACACUAUAAUCCUGUUGAAUAUUUUAGUUAUUUUAGCUUAUAAAACUUAAAAUUGUAUAAAAAGACAACAGUAUUACUUUAGCUGCACGUAUUGUUGGCAUUAUC